GCCAAUCUUUAAUUUGUAGUAAACUACAUAUCAUGAAGACCAACAUGUUGCCUUACUUGGCAAUGGUGUUUGUUCAAUUUCUUUUUUCUGGAGCAAGUAUCACAAUGAAAAUCGGGUUCGCUAAUGGACUUCAUCAGCUCGUGUUUAUGGUGUAUCGCCACAUAGUUAGUACGAUUCUCUUCUGCCCUUUCGCGUAUGCUUUUGAAAGGAAAGAACGACCAGCCCUCACAUUUGUAGUGAUACUCAAGAUUUUUGUUAUGUCAUUAAUUGGAUCCACAAUUCAUCUAAAUGCAUUCUCUUAUGGUUUAACUUACACAUCUCCAACUGUGGCCAGUGCUUUGAAUUGUCUUACUCCAAGUUUAACCUUCCUCAUAGCCUUUCUCCUAAGAAUGGAGAAAGUGAAGAUUACAAGCUCCAAAGGGCAAGCCAAAGUUUUGGGCACUCUUAUAAGCAUGGCAGGAACACUUGUAAUUACUUUUUGGAGAGGAGGAUUCCAAAUCAAUGGGAUUUUAAAGAAGCCAUUAAUUAACAUUUAUAACUCUAAUGGUCUCUCUGGCCAUGUUAAACAAAAUUGGGUCAAAGGAGCAACCUUAAUAUCCACUAGCAAAGUGGCAUGGAGCUUGUGGCUCAUCUUCCAGGGAUUGAUACACAAGGAGUACCCGGCUCCGAUUUCUAUCAACUUCAUGGUUUGCCUCUUUGCAUCAUUGCAAUCUUCUUUCCUUGCUAUAUUUUUCGCUAGAGAUGCCACUUUGUGGAAGCUUGAGUGGGAUGCAAGUCUCUUGACAAUUAUAUAUGGGGGCCUCGUGGUAUCAGGAUUAAGUUAUUACCUAGUCUUAUGGUCAAUAAGCAAGAGAGGACCCGUGUUCGCGGCCAUGUUCAGCCCACUCCAAGUUCCAAUUGUCGGAAUCUUUUCAGCUAUUGUCUUUAAGGAGAGACUUCAUAUAGGAAGCUUUAUAGGAGCGUUGAUCAUUAUUUUCGGGCUUUACUGCGUACUCUGGGGGAAGAGUGGCAACAAUUCUUCCGACUUAGACAAGAAGAUAAAUGAUGUUGAGAAUGACGAUAAAGCUUCAGAAAUGGUUAACAAUAAUGAUAAAGAUGCGACGAAGCACUCAAAUAAAACAGAACCUUGAUACUUGCAAACAGAAUUUAACUGUGUUUAUAUAUUGAUAUCCUAUUGUUUAACCAAUAUUAUUGAACAUAUUAUGAUACAUAUACAUAUAGUUAUAAGUGUGUG